AUGUCUCCAAUCGUUAGCCAGGUCGUCUUCUUCCGCGUCAAACGUUCCGUCAAGCCUGAAGACCCGUCCAGCAUAGAAGGCAAGAGUCUGAUGAGGAUCUUCCAGGCGACCCAACACCAAAGCGGUCAUGCGCGCUCAUCCUGGGGAUACACAUUCGAAGACAAAGACACCAUCGUCUGGGUUGUAGACUGGACCGACCCUCGCAGCACAAUAGAUAUUCAACUAAUCAACGAGUUUUUGGCACCCGACAAUCCCCAGCCACCGUCAUCACUGCGCGUCACCUUCAGCCCACCACUCUCUGCCACAGAAACACUAACCAAAAACCCCGUGACUGAGCUGUGCACGCUGUCAUUUCCGAGUGAUCUCGAAGUGUCAGGAAUGAAGCAGAUCGACGCGGACUUGAUCAGCUUCCGCAUCGCGAUGGUCGAGCAGCUACCACAGUCAAUGGGGCCACGAUCAUGGUCGAUGGGGCAUGUCGACCGGCCGAGUAAGCUGCCGCACGAGAAUAGUCCGAGUGGGCAAGCUUUCGCGUACCUCCUGGCUGUUGGCUGGAACAGUAUGGAGGCGCAUCGCAAGGCCGAUAAAACAGAGAACUAUGCCCGCAGUAUGGCGCCUCUGAGGAAGAAGAUGUUGCCGCCUAUUCCUGGGUUGGAGACGAAACAUGUUAGUUUCCAAAAGAUUUCGGGUUAG